AUGGCGGAUUUUUCGGGCACCUGGAAGAUGAAGAGCAGCGAGAACUUCGACGAGUUGCUGAAAGCUUUGGGGGUGAACGCCAUGUUGAGGAAGGUUGCCGGGGCGGCGGCGUCCAAACCGCACGUGGAGAUCAAACAGAACGGCGAGCACUUCUACAUCAAGACCUCCACCACCGUGCGCACCACGGAGAUCAGCUUCCUGAUUGGAGAAGAGUUUAGCGAGGAGACGGUGGACGGGAGGAAGUGUAAGAGUUUGGCGACAUGGGAAACGGAAAACAAGAUUUACUGCACACAGACUCUGCAGAGCGGGACGGGCCCCAAAACCUUCUGGAGCAGGGAGCUCAAAGGGGACGAACUCAUAUUGAUCUUUGGUGCUGAUGAUGUGAUCUGCACACGGAUCUACAAACGGGAAUAA